AUGCAAGGAAUGGAAGAAAAGGAAGAGCUUCCUCUAACGGAAGAGCGUGAUGGGAAGGAUGAAAUGGAUGGCAGUGGGAUAUCCGGCUUCAGAAGAAAAAGGGGGAUCAAAGUUAGUGGGAAAUACAUGGCACCUCUGGAAUGGGAAAGAGUCAACAAAAACUACCAGUCAAGCUCUGUUCGUCAUUCUAACCUUCACAGACCAUACCAUUCAAUAGUCAUGUGGCCACAGCCUCACAAAUCAAUCCACCACGCAGUGAGAGAUGUGCAGGGAGAAGAUGGGAAAAGGAACCAGCAGGAAGAAGAGAAUCCAUGGAAAGAAGAGAAAUUUGUGGGAAACGUAGUGUCAGAAAAAGGCCUGAGACAAGACACUGGAGAAGACAAUAACCAAGGGAAGAAACAGGAUAUAGUUGUUUCGGGGGCUGCGAUUUCCAAAGAGACUUUGGAAGAGUUAAAAACCCUUCUGAAGCAGAGCCCGCUGAUCACCAGCAGACAGAGGGAGAGCAGCAAGCCCAGCGCUCCACAUGUUCAAAAAGCAGAGGGGAAGCCCACAGAGGGGGCCGACAGACACCCCGCUCCCCCGACAGCACGUCCCGAGGACUCCCUGUGUUCAACCACCCGACAGCAGAGAGUGGGGUCUCUCUGGGAUCAGCAGCCAAGACGUGCGUUAGCUGCCCUGAAUGUGGAGAAACCAGAAAUUAUCAAAGCCAAACCAUUGGGCUUAAAGGCAUCGACGUUCCACAGCCCUGGUGAUGCCGGGCUAGCGGGAAACCACGCACCCUCCUGGAGUUCAAACUUAGCCGAUAAUCUACGAGAUUUAACCAUGAGCAACUAUGCAAUCCCUUCCUUACCACAAUCGAACGCGAAUAUUGAAUAUGUGAAGCAGCAAAUUGCAAGAGAAGAAAUACAGUUUAUUCGUUUCGAAGCAACAGAUCUCCAUGGCAUAUCGAGGUCAAAGACCAUCCCAGCUCGCUUUUUCCAGGAGAAGGCGUUACACGGUGUCGCCAUCCCCCGGAGUUACCUGGAGAUGACGACCAGCGUCGAGGACGAGGAGGCGGACCCCCACCACCACCACCACCACCACCAUCAUCAUCGUCAGUAUCACGACGACGGUGCUGACAUCUUGCUGAUCCCUGACCUGUCCACCUUCAGGCCGUUACCGUGGCUUGAGAGGACGGCUCGGGUGCUGUGUGACCAGUGCUGGGUGUCGGGCAGCGCCGUGGCCGCGGCUCCUCGGCAGGUGGCAAAGGUGCAGCUGAGGCAACUGCGGGAUUAUGGCUUCGCGCUGAGGUCGGCUUUUACUUACGAGUUCUCCCUGCGCGGCGCGGAGGGCGACGCCCGGCCCUCGCAGUCGUGGCUGCAGGAGCUGAUGGCCGCCAUGUUGCAGGCCGGGGUGGACGUGGAGAGUUUCUCCUCCUCCUCCUCCUCCUCCGAUAACUCCUCCACCUCCUCCCGCCGGGGCCCAGACCACGUCGAGAUCUCCCUCCGCCCUCAGUUCGGCCUCGCGGCGGCCGACAGCGCCUUCACCUUCAGGUCGGGCGUCAAGGAGGUGGCGGGGAAGCGCCAUUACGCCGCCAUCUUCUCCUCCUCCUGCGGUUACCAUAGGAACGCGGGGUCGCUGUCGCACGCCCUGUGGGACGCCGGCGGCCGGCGGAACCUCUUCUGGUCGGACGCGGGCCGGAAGUGGCCCGGGGACCCUCAGAGCCCGGAGGUGCUGUCCGACACGGGCCGGAAGUGGCUGGCGGGACUGGUGGAGCACGCGGCGGCCCUGCGCUGCCUGACCGCGGCGGCGGCGGCGGCGGCGCCCGGAGCCGACUGCAGGGGUCGCUGCGGCGGGAGCGGCGGCCCGAGCGGCGGCGGCGGGAGGGGCUCGGCGGCCGCGUGCGGCUCCUUCCGCCGGCGCUUCCACGGCGCCUGCGGCCCCCGCGUGGACAACCGCCUGCCCUCGGCCGCCGCCGACCCCUACCUGGUCCUGGCCGCCACCGUGGCCGCCGGGCUGGACGGCCUGAAGCGGGGGCUCAGCCCCGACGCCCAGGGGGACCCCGAGGCCCCGCGGGCCCCCCUCACCACCCGGCAGGCCCUGGAAGCCCUGCAGCGGGAUGGCUGCCUGCGGAGCGCCCUGGGCGAGGCCUUCGUGGGCCACUUGGUGGCCACCAGGCGGCGGGAGGCCGAGGCCGAGGCGCGGGUCGACGAGGAGGAAGGGAACGGGUGGUCGGAGGGCGCCAUCUAA